UGUGCAGAGGACUGAUGGGGAUUUGAGUCCAUGCUCUCUUGGUGAGCUGCGAAUGGUCUCUCAAAACUCAUAAUCAGCAACAACAGGUAUCAUAAGUUUUUCUCUUCUACUUAUUCAAUCCAGUAAAUCAUUAACUGGAUUGAUUAUGUGGUGUAGUGGUUUUGGAAUAUUGUCCCUAUUUGAAUAAUUCUUCUGCCACAAAGGACUGCUUUUGCUACAGCACUUCAUAGUUCUUACUUCUUACUGGUCUGUCGUUUGGUAAUGUCAGAUUUCUGGAUACUGUGAAUUGCUUUUUUCAGGUUGGGAAACAGGCUCGGGUCUAGAGUAUUGCAACUCAAAGCUGCUUCAUGAAAUGGAUGUUCCAGUACGGUUACUUUCUAUUACAGAAAGUAUAUUUACAAUUUGAAGUUGUACCGUAACAUUAAAGGUACAAUUUUAAAUUGUACCAUAAAGGUAAAAACCUAUAGCACCAAUGCUAUAUAGCAUUGUACAUAUCUGUUGAAUCUUGAUGAAAAAAGGUCGUGUAAUUUGCUGUCCGAUGAGGCUAAUGCACACCUUAACCUUGAAGAGAAAUGGUCAGUGCUGUCCAUGCAGGCAAUGAAGUAGAGAUUCUGCAACUCUAUAGAUUCCUUUGCGGUUUGAGAUGUUUGUUUUGUUUUUAGUCUUAUGAGUUCAUCAAGUACAGUGGGGAAAAUCACUUCCAUUCUUCUAUCUGCGCUUCGCAGGCCUACUGUUGAUGUCUAAUCCUGUGCAGAUUCAUGGCUUACUAGGAUGAGAUACAUGCUGCCUGGCGCCAUCGAUCAAUCCUAUCCUGCCAGGUUGGUAAACUAAAAGCCACUCUUCUACUUUCCAUUUUCAACUACAAGAUUUUAUAGAUUAUUAUUGUUCUUUAAUAGUCCUUGGAGAGAAAAGUGGGGCUGGUCUUGCGAUUGAUCAUUAGGGAUUAUUGUGUCUUUUCGUUUGCCUAUCUGCUAUUGGCUGCAAAUGGACCAUCUGGGCUUAAUCGCAGCGAUGAAGUUGGCUUUCUUGCUGCUGCAAGUUGUUUGUGAACUUAGGAGGAGACAGAUAUUAGUUGUUCUGACGGAGGAUGGAAGAAACCUAGGGAUUGUUGUCUAACUUGGGAGUUUGGUAGACAAUGCUCCUUUUACCUACUAUCUUUCCAUACGCUGUUAAAACCUAGAAAUGAGUUCCAAUCCUUUUGGGAAUCAUUUCGGGUGCUUGCUAUAGGAUGUUUCUCACCUUAGAAAUCAAAUCUACAGGAGUCAUUCUCUCGGAUCUGCAACUGUUGCCGUAAAAAUGGCUUCUCCAGCAAGCAUGAUUUAUAUGGAGAUGAUCAUCACAACUAGAGUAUAUGGUUGGGAAGUUCACCGCAUGAAGGAUUUUAGCAUAUGUCCUGCGGCUAUAAACAAUCCUACGGGAUUGCAAGAGGAAGACUAUAGCAUAGAAAAGUGACAAGAAAGGUUCAUUUGGAUCGAUGGUUUGGUUGAGGAAUGGAACUUCUGAAUCUUAGUAGAGCCUGCUGCAUCCGCAAUGUUGCUGCAUUGCUAGGUGGUUUGUCUCUUUCUUUCUUUUUGCAAUUAGCUUUAAUAAAGAAUUUAUACCACUAGAGUUGGGAGAUAGAACUGAUUAGAAAUCUGUGUUUCUGUACAGGUUCAUUGUGUAUGGGCAGCAGCAGAAGCUUAUUCAGCCCCUUCCAUUGUUCUAACAUCUCACUCGAAUAAUGGUAGCUUGCAUGUUUUUGACGAUUUUAGAGAAGUCUAUUCAUGGUUGAGCCACAAUACUCUGACGUGGAUCAUAAAGUAUGAUUACUCUCUUCUCUCUUUCCUUCCGUUUAUUUGCAGACAUACUGGUUUCAAAAUGUCACUUCAUUGUUGAAACUCGCGAGGGCUUGUGACAGCAUAAGAUAUAUCAGCUAAAAUUUUUGUGGAAAAUUAGGAUGUUUACAUGUCUUCUGAAUGGUUGACCUGAUGACACUUGAUUCAGAUGUAAAUAACAAUGUUACAUUAUACACCAGCCGCUUCCACAGACUGAAGUAUUUUGACUGUUGUAGGUCGCGUCAUGUUGGAACCAUGGCUAUCAAACAACUGCUUAUGGCUAGUCCCGCACUCUUCUAGUCGACGACAACACUCAUAUGGCAACUGUUGGCACAACCAUGUCUUCCCCUGAGAAGCAAGCUAAGCCUGGGAGAUCUUCCAUUCACUGGAUGUGAAGUAUGUCUUUGGAGCUAGGUGUCCUUCCUUCCAGCCUCAAUCUUCUAAAGACAGCAUUUAUCUUGAAUCCUUUUGAAUCAGCUAAUUUCCUUAAGUAAAAGUAUGAUUGUACGUUACAGGUCUUUUUGGCUACCCUAGUGAUGAUAUCAGUAAGUUCCUUUGGAUGGUUCGGAAUGGAGGCGGUGUGUUCCCUUCCCUCACAUCAAAGAAGCUGAUUACCUGGUACUUUUCUUCAACUUGCACAUUAUGAAAUGCCAAACUGUUGCUUGAUAGUAUAGUAGCCAUAAUCGUAUUUGUUCACUCCUCCCCUCAAAUGCCUGAAAUCACAGUUGUAUGGUUUGGUUUGAUGUUGGUUAAUUGUGAAAUCAGGUAUUCACCUCUCACCAUUGGAUGGAACGGAUCUACAAAGUGAAUUGCCUCCAAGGAACUGCAGGUAGGUUCGGUUUUUCGGGUUUACCCGAAACCGACCCGAUUAUAUAUAUUUUCGGUUUUUCGGGUUCGUUUCGGGUUUUUCGGUUUCGGGUUCGGUUUUGCUUAUCGGUUUUUCGGGUUCCGGCUAAAAACCUUCAAUGAAUAGAACUCAACCCGUAUUUUUAGGCGUUCGGGUUUUGGUUUUGCUUUAGCCGAACCCGAACCCGAUAAGGAAUUUUCCUUAUCAUCUCUUUCCUGUUUCCUCCUGAACCAGUUUUGAUGUUUUAAACUGCUGCUGCCUUAAUGUUUUGUUGAUAGCAGAGAUGGGUUAGCGUUAGCUAGCUCAGAGAGAGAUGUAAGGGGAAAGAGCUAGUUUUGUUGGAGUAACUGACUUGAGUCCAUUCUCCUUGAAUUCCAUGCCAGUGCCUGCUGCGAAUGAUGAUGUGAAGUAUGGCCAACCAUUUUGAUCAACCAAUUUUAGUCGGAUUUAUCCCAUUCGAAGCACACUCACCUUACCUAUAUAUGUUUCUUUCUCAAUGCAUAGUCGACCAGACUGGCCGAGGAAGUCGAUGUGUGCACUGUGCAGACAGCUACGCGAGCGUCGAAUGAGAACGAGAACGGGUCCAGCCUAGACGAAGUGAUCCGUCUGAAUUCUUGCUGUUGGGCUGGGCCGGGGCCUGACCAUGGUAUUUUUAUUUUUUUAGAGACCGAGAAGGAAAAAGGAAGUCUCUUCUAAUCCUGCAAGGACUUGGAAUUUAUUUAGUAUAUAAAUCAAUCGAACCGCUGCUCUCCUCUGUCCACAAGACUCAGCAAGCAAGCUAGGCGCUAGCAAUCUUUGUUUCCUGGUCUCUGCACGUGUGGCCAUGGACGCUCUGAAGUCCCGUCUCGGUUUGAUUUUAUGCAUGUUAUAUUUGGUCAAGGCAUGGCUUGCGAUAUGGGCGUGGCGAAAACUGGAUCGUCACCUCCGCAACAAGUACGGGUUGAGUUUGGUCGAUCUGUUGAGGAAUUCUUUUGACGGAGCUGAGAGAAGCUUGAUUCCGCUGUUGCAAGAGUAUCCCAUCAUACUUCCCGCGUUGCUUGCGUUAUGGGCUUCGCAGGCCCUGGGCUUGAGCUCUUUCUUCUGUAUGCUUGUUUUUGUCUUCCUUUUACGUUCUUGAUCCAUUCUCGUCUUUUUUUUUUUUUUUUUGCUUUCUCCCAUUCCAGCUUAAGAGACAAGGUAACUGUGGUUGUUGGACAUUGAAAUAUUAUAAUAUAAUAAUAAUAUAUUUAAUGCAGUCGUUGCCUUUUGUUGGUUGUUGGUGUGUAACAUAGGAAGAGCAAAACAUAAUUGUUCAAUGAUUUCAUAUUAAAAUUAAAUUUUGGGUAUCAAAAUAAAAAAUGUAUAUUACAAUAACUAAGUUGUGACUUAAUUAAAUUUGAGGUAUCAAAAUGUAAAUUAUUUGGCAACAAUAACCUAACUUCCACUUUAUAUAUAUUAAUAUCUUGUUGAAAUAAAAUGGUAGUAUAGUGAAAUCUGAAGUCUCAUCACCACGACUGUUGAGGUAAGGUAAGAUGAGCACGCUUUAAUUACUCUAGCAAAGCAAUAGUAUAAUAAAGGAGUGUGAACCUGAGUUCGAAAUCCAACCUAUUGUAUGUUACUAAUAUGGAAAACAAAUCAUAAUUAAUAUUAUAGCAUCGCCAAAGAAGAACUGGAAUGAGGAAGGAAGGUAUUAAUUAGUUAGAAAACCCUAAAAUCAACGAAGAAUAUAUAAAGGCGUGUGAGGAGGAGGAGGAGGGGAAUCAUAUAUUGGGAUUCCGCGUAGGAUUCACAUUCUGUAACAGCAGCAGCCGCCUGGCCGUGACGAUUGACGUAACGACAGACAGACAACACCCUCUCUAGCUAUUGGAUUGUGGUUUGUUUUUGUGGGUGUGGGUGUUGAUAUUCCAAGUAAGGAUUAUAUUCUCUCUAAUCCAAUCUAUCUUUCUUGCUAUCUGAGGCCGUGACUGUAGUUUAAUCUGAUUCGUAUAAAUACAUGGAAUACGUAGUUGGACAAACAAGCACAUGGUGUUAUCGGUUAGGGCUCGCGAACGUUGUUAUUCGAUAGAAUGUUUUCUGAAAAUGUUAUUAGGGGUGUGACUUGUGAGAACAAAAUUGGAAUCAAAAUGCAAUGCACGGUUAAUAACUUUGGUUACAUUAAAUUUCAAAGAGUACUCUUUCCAUCUCUUUGAAUGCAAAAAUUACGAAUACGUUUUGUACGCAUAUAUGAAUAUAGGUUACAUAGCAAAGAAUAUGAGUACGCAACUCAAAUUUGUGCUCUUUUCUUUCAUUUUGUUUUUCAAAAAUUUCUUCCCUUUUUAUAAUGUGACAUUACUAUAGUCUACACUAAUUCAUAAACACAAAAAUGUGAACAGAAAAACACCACACCCUUUCAUUUUCUGACUUUUACGUGCUUUCUUUUUUCUAUUUUGUAGAAUUAUCCAUUAAUUAUUAAAUCAACAAAAAAAUCAACUUGAUAUUGUUCUAAUCAUACAAAAAUAGUAGAUUACUAAAUUAUUUACCCUCAAUGCUAAAAUCAAAAGGAUGUAUUGUAUCCAAUAUCCUGAUUCUAUAAAUGACAAAAUAGAUAAACUCUUAAUCAAUCAUUUUUGUGAACUCAUAUACAAUUAUUGAAAAUCAAUGAUAAUUAUAAAUAAUAUAGCUUAACCGAGAAUAGAAACCACUCCAAAAAGACGGAGAUCUUAACUAAGAAUAUAGCUAAAAUAAAAAUGAAACAAAAAAAAAAUAUUAAGAAAACAAAAGUGAUUAUCAACGCCAUCCUCAUUUAUUUUAAUUUUUAUUAGUAAUAUUUAUAGUUUGUAAACCAGCUAUAUGAUCCAUAACUGAACUCCAUACUCGAUAAGCAUUUUGGAGUUUCUAUCACACAAUCCUGAUAAUUAAAUACUAACAUCAAACACAACUUCAUUUUCUUCUACUAAAAAACUUAAUUUGUAGCUAUAAUUUUUCCGAUGAAUUAAGACUCAAUUAUGAAUUUGUACCUAUAUUUCUAUAACCUUAAAAAUAAUUUUCCCAAGAAAAGUAGUUUACAAAAAAUUUACAUAAACACUCAAAAGACCCAGUUCAUUUAGAAUACACAAUAAAAAACAUA